UAAUAGUAGCUUUUGGCACAUCGGAUCUUGUGUAACUCGGCGAGUGAUUCACCUCCACAUUGGUGUACUACCUGGAACCAGAAGGAAAGGAGCGGCGCGUAUAUCAUUAUGUCGGGUACUCUGGACAACCACACCCGCACUAGCGGAACCGCCCCCACCUCUCUCCAUCUCUCAGACUCCGUUGCCGCCAGAGACACCAUGGCGGCCCCCACGCUCCCAGCCAUCCCGCCCAUAUCUCCCCUCCCGCCGCCCUCGCCCUCCUCCUCCUUCUCCGGCCUCCACCGCCCGUCUUCCGCCCUUGCUGCGAUCGCAUACGCCAGCCCGUCAGGCAGUCUCACCACAGACCGCAGCUACCAGCGUCCUUUGGCUCAUUCCCUCACCGUCCACAUUCCGGCGCCCCUUACUCCCUCCCCGUCGGACACUGAUCUGCCCCCGUCUCCCGUAUUCAAAAAUCCGCCCGGCAUCGCGCGUCGUCGCACGGUCAUCCAGUCCACCACCACUCACGAACCGAGCCCUGUCAACGUCUCAGACUCUACUACACCUCCUCGUGUCGCCUCCCCGGAGCCGAUUGAGGACAAGCCUAGCUCGGUAGAACGCGGCUCGAUCCUUAUGCCAGAGCCACAACCUACGCCUGCACUCGAACAGAAGCCCAACAGUCCAAGACGGCUGGAAAAGAAACGCGCGUCCGCUGACCUCAAAAACUCAUCGCCUUCGUCUCCCACCGCCAGACGAUCAUUGCCUCGACCGCCAAAGAUGGAGUCUCAUGUUGAGCCGACCUCUUCAUCCGUUCCUGUCCGUACCCAGUCACAGUCGCAACCCUCUCCCCCGCCAUCUUCAAGCUGGCCGCCUCUCAACGUGCUUCGAACUGAACCACCUGCUUCGUCACAGCCUAUGCAACUUCCCGCACAGCAUCAGCAGGUGCCGCCGACGUUCUAUCAUAAACAUCAGCAAAAUAAGUCUGCAUCUAGCUUACCCGUCAUUCCGGGAAUAAGCGAUGCAGGACCUUAUCCGUCUUCCAAUUCUAUUCGCCAGCCUCAAGGCCCUCCCAAACCUCAGGUCCAGCAGCCUAAACCAAAUCUCGGUUUGGGCCGCCCAACCGCCCCGCCAAAUGGUGCAGGGUCAAGUCGAAAUCUUCAGGAAGAGGUUUGUUUGGAAUGUAUGAUGCGAGACCGGGAUCUGGCAGACGUCGAUGUACAGGGUGAAGACGUAUGGGAUCGCGAAAGUGAUGCUGGGUUCAUAGAGUUGGUACGGCGUGAAGAAGGCCUCUUAAGGUCUAUGGGCAGCUUGGAUUCUGCCGAGACCUCUGCAGCCCAUGGAAAGUUUAGGAGUGUUAUUGACAUGGAUGACACUUCGUCAUCUGAUGAAUGCUCACAAAACGCGGGCAGCGACGGGCCGGAAACGAGGAGACAUAGGGAGGAAGAGAGACAUAGGAAGCAGGCAGUGAAAGCAAGGCACAAGGAAGCAGACUGGAGAGUUAGCAAAGAGGUUGGAUGGAGAGGUUUCUCAUGGGAGGAAGGGCAAGGUGGAGAAGGGUUGCCUGCUGGCUUCAGAGGAGGAAAGGGAGGACCUUUAACAGAGGAAGGUAUAAAGUCAAUUAUGGCUAAAUUCCCUUCUGCCUCAGCCCAUAGAUAUCAAAAGUUGCAAGACUUUCUUCGAAACCAGUGGCUACUUGUGCUUGAGAUUCGCGCCGAAGCUCAACGUCUAGGGCAUUUUGCUUUCCCCGAUGAUCUUUCAUGCGAUUCUUCUCUUUCGAGCCACGAAGCCAGGUUUCCUACAGGGGCCACGUCCUCAGCUUCUUACAGUUAUCGCCGCCCACUUCUCCCCGAACAAACUGGCGGCCUUCGACAAAGUCCAUCAUCACCAGCCAAUCUUCUUGCUUCUCCUGUCGCGCCCAUUGCAACUUCUAGAUCUAAUCCACAGAGACCUAUGACACAAUAUCUCCCUCGGCGUGAACCUGCCAGGGAAUUUCGUACUCCCAGAGGUUACGAUUCAAGCAGUGUAGGCAAGAGGGGCCACUCAAAGAAUACAAGUUCGACGAGCGCGCUCGAGCCAUUGACUAUCAAUACCAAUGUCAAAGGUACCGGUGACGAUGGGAGAAGGAUUGACGAUGAUGAUCUUUGGACUCCGGAUCAACCUCAAGGUCUCCGGCCAUUCUCAUUCGCCGUUAGAGCCGGUGCCGCUGCCGCGAGGGAGGGAAGUGAGGGGCAUGGCAGCGUACGUGAUGGAUCCGGGCAGAGGAAAAGUCUAUGGGGCCGAUGGGGUGGAAGCGUUACGAGUUUCUUUGGUGGAAGUCAGGGUGGAAGCGGCAGCAUGGUUGACAUGCACCUUGGUCUUGAUAACGAGCGACGUAGCAGGGCUAUAUCACAGGUUUAUCCUCGAGCAAUUUCCCUUGCUUCUCCGACUAGACCUUCCUUCUUCAGUCGAGACUCUCGAGGGUCAUCUGUUUUAGACCACGAGCCUCGCAUGUCUCGGGUUAUCAGCCAGUCACGCUUGUCACAAGUCCAUACUGGCGGCGAAGGCGAUAUGGAAGAUGAUGGGAAGGCGGAGAAGAAGAAGGGUAUCAAGGGAUUCUUCAAAAAGAUGAAGCCGAAAGGAUCAAGGAAAAACUCCAAGGCGGAGUCUCCUAAUUUGUCCAAUUACCGCCAGUCUUCAAGUACCCAAGAAUACAACCCUAGACCCUCCGCAUCAUCCGUACCCUCCGCGCCCGAGACACCUCUUGCCCUCCCGCCUCCGAUUUCUGUCCUUGUCCGAGGUGGUGACCGCGGACACGCUCGAACCGGCAGUGGUUCGUCCAGCUCAAUGUUGACCGAUGGUCAAGAAUCAGUUAGUAAUCGACUUUCCGGCUCUCAUCUCUAUGGCUCUCGGUCGGUCUCCGCUCCAUUUGGCAGCACUUCCACUUCCGAUGUGAGCAUGGGUCAGUCCGCAAGCCCUGGGAGCUCAAAGUUUGCCACUACUACAAGCGCCGCGAAACGUGAAAGCUAUGCGUCUGGUGGAAAUCGGAGGAGCACCACUAUCGGGGAGAUGGGAGAGGACAGGCGAAGCGUCGUCGAGAUCCUUUCUAAUGCUAAUGGUGCAAAUGGUGAUAGACUGAUGUGCGACGAGCCUAUGCCUGUGCGUCCCUGUGCAGCUCGACCUCAUAACAAGACUAGCACUUCUCUCUCAGCAUCUAGCCAGACUAUGCUCGAGACUCCGCCCCCCAUCAAUUAUAGUAACGCCAACGCAUUCUUCAACCAUCAACAACAUAUUAGAUCUAGUAGUAUUGACACUGGCGGCUCUCUUUCUCCCAACAGGUACAAGAACCUUCCCCCGCUACCACCUCCGGGAUCGAAUGACAACUUGCAUAUCGUCCAUCCUAAAGGGUCCACUGCUUCCCCAGACUCCUUCUCGGCUGUUUUCCCAGACCAAGAAUUGUCUCAAAACAAGGCUUCGUUCUACAGUUACCCGCAGCCCCAACCUGUAGCUCAACCAAGCUACCGGCAGUACCCCCAGCGUUUCCAUCAACAGCAGCAUUUUCAGCCCACUGUGUCAUAUGCCCCGGGCUACGGUUAUGGUGGUCGAGCAUCUCUUGAUCAGAGAGGGUCGAGACCGAGGGUGGAGAAGCAGAGGGCUGUGCAAACAAUGUACGGCCAUCCAAUGAUGGGUAUGGAUGGUAUGAACGGUAUGGGCGGUACGGCAGAGGUUGGAGAGGUGGAGAAGAAGAAGAAAGGGUUGAAGAGCUUUUUCGGGGUGAACAAGGCCGGGAGGAUGGCGUGAGCGGAAGAGGAUGUAAAAGGUCGGUGAUGAUGGACACUGGAGUGAUGACUUCUUAGAACGAUAUGAUUAGCCAGCACAUAUACCGAUAAUUUUAGUCUUUACGUUUUUCUUUACGCAAAUAAUAGUGUUACACCAGCAUUAGUAUGAUAUCAAGAUGAUCAUGAGAUGAUGAAUGCUAUACCUUAU